AAGAAAAACCGAAAAAGAAGAAAAUUAUCAGACGAAAGUCUAAACCAGAUGAAGAAACGACAGCCAUCACAGAAGAAAUGAUUGAAUUGAAACCUAGUGAAAAAGAUCUCGAUGAUCAAAAACCCGACGAAGAGAUCCGACCUGAAGAAGAAUCUAAAGUUGAAACCGAAACAAAGAAAAAGAUUUUGAAAAAACCAAAACGAAAGGAAUCUAUUACUGAAAUUCCAGAAACAGAAGAAAAAGAAGUGACCGAAGAAAUCAAAACUGAAAUCUUUGUCUCAGAAAUCAUCGAAUUACCUAAUGAUGAGCAAAUGCCCGAAGAAAUUACAGAAACUAUCGAAGAAACACCUGAAGGUAAAAAGAAAGUCGUCAAAAAGGUAAAGAAAGUAAAGAAACCCAAAGAUAAAAAACCAAUCGAAGAAUCGGUUCUGAUCGAGGGUGAAAUCAGUGAGAAAGUUCCUGAUGAGGAAGGAACAACAGAGAUAAUUGAAACGAUAGAAGAAACACCAGAAGGAGAAAAGAAAGUGAUUAAAAAGAUUAAGAAAGUGAAAAAAUUUAAAGAUGAAAAACCCAAAGAAGAAACAUUGGUGAUUGAAGGUGAUGAACCUAAGGAAGAUGAAAUAGUUGAACAACCAGAAGAAGAAGAGACAAGUGAAGUUAUUGAAACAAUUGAAGAGACAUCUGACGGCAAGAAGACAAUUGUCAAAAAGAUGAAGAAGAAAGUAAAGAAAAGUAAAGAUGAAAAGAUUAUGGAAAUAGAAAAGAAACCAGAAAUUCAAGAGACAAAAUCUAGUGAGGAACAAAAAUCUGUCGAAGAUGAAAUAACAGAAAAACUUGAACCUGUUGAAAUGAUCGAAACAAUUGAAGUUAUCGAAACAGUUGAAUCGACACCCGAAGGUGAAAAGAAAAUAGUCAAAAAGAUCAAAAAAGUAAAGAAACCGAAAGUGACAGAAGAAAUGAUCGAACUGAAACCAACCGAAGAAAUUCUCGAUGAGCAAAAACCAGAAGAAGAAAUUCAACCUGAUAUUGACUCUGAAGUCGAUGUAGAAACAAAAAAAAAAUUAGUGAAAAAAUUGACCAAACCAAAGGAACCAACAGAUGAAUUACAGGAAGCUGAAGAAAAAGAAAUAACCGAAGAAACUACUGUCACUGUCACCGAGCAAAUUAUUGAGCUUCCUGAGGAUGUUAAACCUGAAGACGAUGAAAAACCUAAGAAAAAGAAAAAAGUUAUAAGAAGAAAAUCUAAACCAGAUGAAGAAACAACAGUCAUCACAGAAGAAAUGAUUGAAUUGAAACCGACUGAGGAAGUUCUUGAGGAGCAAAAACCUGAAGAAGAGAUUCAACCAGACAUCGAAUCUGAAGUCGGUGUUGAAACAAAGAAAAAAUUAGUAAAAAAAUUGACCAAACCAAAAGCUGAAUUACAUGAAGUCGGUGAAAAAGAAAUAACCGAAGAAACAACAGUCACUAUCACUGAGGAAAUCAUCGAGCCUCCCGAUGAAGAAAAAGGAAUUAAAUCAAGUGAUGAAAAAGAAAAACUGAAGAAAAAGAAAAAAGUUAUUAAACGAAAAUCUAAACCAGAUGAAGAAACGACAGACAUCACUGAGGAAAUGAUUGAAUUGAAACCAACCGAGGAAGAAAUUCCUGAAGAACAAGAAGAGAUCAAAAUCAUUGAAACAGUAGAAGAAACAGUAGAAGAAACAAAAGAAGGAGGAAAGAAAUUGAUCAAAAAAACUAAAAAAGUCAAAAAAUUAAAUGAAGAAAAACCAAUGGAGGAAACAGAAUUGCCCAUUGAAAGUGAAAUUAUUGAACAACCAGAAGAAGAAGAAAUUAAAUCCGAAUCUAAACCAGAUGAAGAAACUGACGUUUCGACUGAACAAAUUAUUCCUGGGGAACAUGAUAUCGAUGAAGAGACUGAGAUUAUUGAAACUAUUGAAGAUGGUGAAAAGAAGGUUAUCAAAAAGAUCAAAAAAGUCAAGAAACCAAAAGAAGAUACAGGUGAAAUGAUAAGUAUGAAAAUUAAAGAUGAAGAACCAAUUACGGAAGAUUCAAUCGAAGAUGAGAUCAAACCUGAAGAUGAAUCCAAAAUUGAAACGACAACAAAGAAAAAGUUAAUGAAAAAACCAAAACAUAAAGAAUCAGUUACGGAAAUUUCAGAAACAGAAGAAAAAGAAAUUACCGAAGAAGUAAAAACCGAAAUCUUAGAGGAAAUUAUCGAUUUGCCUGAUGAAGAAGAAGAAAUCAUCGAAGUGACCUCAGAUGGUGCUCAAAAGAAAAUCACCAAAAAAAUCAAGAAAAUGAAAAAACCAAAAGUUGGAAAACCAUCGGAAGAAACAUUGACAAUAGAAGAUGAUAAACCAGAGGAAAUCGUUGAACAACCAGAAAUGAUCGAAACAACCGAAAUUAUUGAGACAGUUGAAGAGUCACCUGAUGGUGAAAAGAAAAUUGUCAAAAAGAUAAAGAAAGUAAAGAAACCAAAAGAUGAAAGACCUUCGAAAGAACCAAUACAGGAAGAAAUAGCAGAACCUAAAGCAGAAGAUAUUUCUGAAACAGAGGAAAUCAUCGAAACUGUGGAAGAGACACCAGAAGGUGAAAAGAAAAUGAUUAAAAAGACUAAAAAAAUAAAGAGAUCAAAAUCAGAAAAGCCAAAAGCUGUCGAAGAAGAAAAACCUAAAGAUGAAGAAAUUACCGAACAACCCGAACAACCAGAAAUGAUUGAAACAAUCGAAGUCAUUGAAUCAGUUGAAGAAACACCAGAAGGUGAAAAGAAAAUCGUCAAAAAGAUCAAAAAAGUAAAGAAACCCAAAGUGACAGAAGAAAUGAUAAGUUUGAAGCAAUCAGAUGAGAGAGUCGAAGAAGAGAUUCAACCAGAUGAUGAAUCCAAAAUUGAGCACGAAACAAAGAAAAAGAUUUUGAAAAAACCAAAACAAAAAGAAUCAAUCGAAGAAAUUCCAGAAACAGAAGAAAAAGAAAUUAUUGAAGAUGUUAAAACAGAAAUCUUUGAAGAAAUCAUUGAAUUGGUAGAAGAUGAGGAAAAAAGGCAAGAAGAAAUUAUAGAAACUAUCGAAGAAACACCUGAAGGUAAAAAGAAAAUUGUGAAAAAGAUUAAGAAAGUAAAGAAACCAAAAGAACCGACAGGUGAUGAACAGACACCUGAAGAAAAAGAAAUAACAGAAGAAAUGACAGUCACUGUCACUGAGGAAAUCAUCGAGCUUCCAGAUGAAGAAGAAAUCAAACCAAGUGAAGAAAAAGAAAAACAGAAAAAGAAGAAAGUCAUAAGACGAAAAUCUAAACCAGAUGAAGAAACGACAGAAAUUACUGAAGAAAUAAUUGAAUUGAAACCGACUGAGGAAGUUCUCGAGGAGCAAAAACCAGAAGAAGAGAUUCAACCUGAUAUUGAAUCAGAAGUCGGUGUUGAAACAAAGAAAAAAUUGGUGAAAAAAUUGACCAAACCAAAACCUGAACUACAAGAAACUGUUGAAAAAGAGAUGACAGAAGAAACAACAGUCACUGUAACAGAGGAAAUCAUCGAGCUUCCUGAUGAAGAAGAAAUCAAACCAAGUGAAGAAAAAGAAAAACCGAAAAAGAAGAAAGUUAUCAGACGAAAAUCUAAAACAACAGACAUCACUGAGGAAAUGAUUGAAUUAAAACCGACUGAGGAUGUUCUUGAUGAGCAAAAACCUGAAGAAGAGAUUAAACCAGACAUCGAAUCCAAAGUUGGUGUAGAAACAAAGAAAAAAUUAGUGAAAAAAUUGACAAAACCAAAAGAGCCAACAGCUGAAGAACAAAAACCAGAGGAAAAAGAAAUA